UCCUAUAUCAUUAUUUUGACUUACUAUGAGAUAGUAGACUUACUAGUUACUAAUUAUGAUUUACUAUCUCGCAGUCAGAUUUUUUGGGGGGGAGGGUGGCGUGAACGGGCUUCCAUAGUUAUCAUCCAGGUUAUGUAGCAUAGAGUUUAAAGAAUAUUGCACAGUCAUUAUGGAGCGCGAACGCCUAUGUUGGAUGGAUGUACUAGGCAGCGAUACCCCGGGUGGAAAAGAGUGCAUUCAAACUGGUUUUCAUAGGGACUGAGUAACUUAUUUAACUUACUUCCUGGUGUAACAAACCGUUAGCAGGAAGAACUGCGUGUCUGGAAAAGAAAACGGACACGUGGAUUAUCAUUGCUCCUCUAGUUCCAGGCAAGAGCCACGGAAAUAAAAACCAUCCUCUCUGUGGCUAUCUGUCCUUAUUCUCCCGUGCUCUUCACAUCACACUGCAAUACAAUAACGGAUCCUCGUUAAACGAAAGGAAAUGAUACGUGGGCGCGAACAUCGAUCAAAGCGUUUCUUUUUGUCGGCUUUCCUCACUCAUUCCAUAGCCCACUGAACUGCGACGCGCAGGAAAAAGCACAUCUCAAACAUCAGCAUCUCUUGUUGAAUGGCAAUUCUGCAAAAACAUGGAAAGAUCUCUGGUCCAGAUUUGGUCUGCCUCAAAGAAACCCCGCCAGAUUUCGGUGACGCCGGAGGUCAUCAGAAGAAUUGGAGUGAACAUAACACGAACUGGCCCAGACCCCUGGCGCGGGUAUGGACAGUGGUGCUACUGCUGGGGACCUGUCUGCUGUACUGUGCCCGCGUGGCCAUGCCCAUCUGUGCCGUCAACAUGGCUGAGAAGUUUAACUGGACCAAGAGGGAACAGGGCAUGGUGCUGGGCAGCUUCUUCUGGGGCUACUGCUUCACACAGUUCCUUGGAGGCUACGUCAGCGACAG